UGGCACCCGAGAACGCCCCGAAACUCCACCGACACAUUAGUGGUGUUCCCAUGGAUGGUGAUUGACAUACGCUGAAGGCUCUGCGUCGUUUGGGCAGUAGUGUGGAUGAACACUCUAGGACUCGUGUCUAAAAACACACUAUUUAGUAAAUUCUCAACAACUGUCCAAAGUUCCAUGGUAAUCGGAUAAAAGGUUUUCAAUGUGUUGAAAUUGAUCAAAAUAGAAAGUGAAUCAAAUAUGUCAUGAAAAGAAAGAAAAGUUGUUUACCUACGAACAGGUAGAGAAAACCAUUUCACCUGCAUCCUUCGCUGAGGUCAAACAGCCAGUGACAACUUGAGUGGUCGGGCGCAGAAUGCCAGUGAAAGAUGUAGAGCAUAGAGUGUUAGUAGAACGUGAAACACAGUUUAUGGAAAUGUAACAAUGGAGAAAUUUAGGUGAACCAGAUCGAGAUAGAUUGGUGGAACUGACUACUGAUUUUGGAAAAACCAGCAAUGAAAAAAAUGGAGACUGCAUACUGCUUGAAUUAAAGCCGAGGAUGAUGAUGAGAAUUGUUCUGAUGAUGUCCCUCACCAUUCUUACAGCUAGCCUUGACACCAGCGAUUAUCAAGACGAAGAGCAGCCGAGUUUUCUUCCACGACCCACCAACGUUUCAUUUAACCGAGGCGAGACGGCCACUCUGGUAUGUGGUAUACACAACAUUGGCACUCGAACGGUCAUCUGGAGAAGAGCCUCUGACCCAAAUCCGUUAACCAUUGGAGGAGAAGUUUACGUUGGCGCCACGCGUUAUUCGGCCCAAUCAAACCCGCAGGAAAAUGAGUGGAAGUUGCUCAUUCACGACGUGAGGCCGAGUGACGCCGGGGUUUACGAAUGUCAAAUCAGCAGUAGGAAAAAAUUGAUUCACCACGUACUUCUGCGUGUGGACGUGCUGGGAAAAUCUAGGUCAGAAAACAAGAUUUCGAAAGAUCCGAAAAACGCUGUCCAGCCAACAGGUAUUUUUAUGUCCGGCUCAAAAUUUGUAGAAAAAGGGGACAUAAUUCAUCUAAUCUGUAACUCAAGUGGAAUUGAUUCGAGCCCAGAUAGUUUGGAUUGGUUUAAAGACGGGAUCAAGAUUUCACCGGAUGGUGUCCGGCAAAUUAAAAUGGAUAAAUUCUACGUGCCUUCUACUCGUACACUGGUCAGCGUGCUGGACAUUGAACACAGUCAGAUGGACGAUGCAGGCACAUAUGUCUGUCGCAGUAGCAACCUGUCUAUCACAAGCAUUAGAGUUCAUGUUCUAAAUGCGGGAUCAAGCAAUGUACGCAGAGGUACUUGGGCGACAGACAAGGCAAAUGUUGGACCACAUCAGCAGCACAACUCGGCCAUUCAAAUGUUGGACCAGUACAACACUCUGAUCUUUGGAAUAUUGCUCUACUUGGUUUUAAGAACGUUUGAGUCCUUGAAUCUUGUGUAACCCUACGCAGGGAUACCCUAAUUGAUUCAAUACUUCCACUUGCUGGAAUAGUUUCAUGCAAAGCACGCGCAAUCAGAAGAAAAGCACGCGCAAUCAGAAGAAAAGCACGUGCAAUCAGAAGAAUGCUGCAAUUAUCUCUACAUGUUUACUCCAGAUUUUAAUCUUUGAGACCAAUUGAUGAUUAACGGCUAAAUGUUGAUUUUUAUAAAAAUAAGGGAUUGA